AACAUGUAAGGGGCGCGGGUUACAAUUAAGGAAAGUGCAAUUUCCCGCGAGAAAUUUCACAAAAAUCACACACACACUUACAUUUCAAGUUUCUAAAUUAGGGUUUCUUCGACCGUCUAAAAUUGCAGAGAUUUUCCAUUUCAUAUCUCACAAGUAGAAACUCAUCAGCUUCAAAACCUAACUGGUGAAGAAGAGGAAUGACUUGCCGUGAGGGGGAAGUGGAAUUUUGGGCUGCUUGGUAGGAGGGUGGACAGGUCUAUGAGUUCUCUCUAUGGAGUUGGGAACUGUGAAUGAAACACUAGAACUUAGAAGAUGGUAGUGAUAGCGCAUAGGUCGUGCUCUUGGAGAAAAGAAGUGACCAACAUGGAUAAUGAAAGAAAUAUAAGGGUUAUGAGCUUGUUUCAGGCAAGGAUUGAAGGAAGGAAUCUGAAAGUAAACGUCUUAUAAUUUCCUUUGGGAUUAGCAUCAUGGGACGUUUUGUUUCCCGUCACAAUUAGAUUCUGGAGAGAACUUGAUACAAGAUCGACAAGGAAGUCAUAACCACACACGAAAACCGUCCAUGAUUUGAAGAACCGAGGACCCCUUUUGGUGACCCCUCUCGAAUUUACCACACAAUAACAAUACAAGCACGAUAACAACAAUAUUCUAAGGUGUUCAACACCUAUAAUCAGCGAGCCACAAACUAAGAUUACAACACAAUAACAAGAACAAAAAUGACAUAACAAGGUCUUGGGUUUGGACACCCAAAACCGAGAAUGAACACAACAACAAUAAUAAGAUAGAAUGAUAGAUAACUUGACACACAAUGCACAAGCACUAAGACCCAAGAAUUCAUACAAAUAAUAUCAAGUUCUUACGGUGACCUCAAGGGAACGGAAUCCCCAAGCAACCAACGUUUCAAAACAAGCAACCAACACUAGUGAUUCCACACUUGUCACAAGUGAUAUCCACACUUGUAUGAACACUGUCAAAGAGCUCUCAAAAUAUCAUCUAAGUUAUGAGAAAAUGACCUAAUAUGUUCUAUUUAUAACCUAGGUACAACUUAUUACAAAAUGACUAAAAUGCCCUUAAUGAGCCAACACUCCAAAGCUUGUUCCAUUAGUUGGCCAGUCACCCGAGCACGAGUUUUUUACGUAAUGAUCCACAAUCACUGAAUUGUUCAAUCAAAUGCGAUUGUUAUUUCAAAGCUGAAUAAAUGAAUGAAGAUGCUACUGUAAUCAUGGGUAACAUGGUAGAAAAACAGUGAUUAAUCUGCCAAGUGCUUGAUCACUCAACUCUAUUCUCAAUUUCCCCUUUUUCUGUUUAGAGGUAUGGAUACAUCAAAUCCUGCAGUCUUUGUCAAUGCUGAGCUCCUCCGCUUGUAUAUGGGAAGGAGGGUUCGAGCUGUGAUUCAGGUUAUGCGCUCUGAUGGGGGUGGUGCAGUGACUGGGCAAUCUACAGAUGGCCAGCAAAUAACUGUGAAAGGCAAUCCUCCUGGUCCUCUUACAACAUUUGUUGAGGUCAUAGGUAUCGCCGACGGUAUCCAUUCUAUCCGUGCUGAAAUAUGGUCCAACUUUGGGGACACACUAGAUACAUUUAGCUACAACCGUAUUUGCUUGCUGGCGAAUGGCGAUUAUAAACACUUGUUCAUAUGAGGAACUUGAAAAUCAACAUGAUUUAGUGGAUCUAACUAUUUCACUGCCUCUAAAUCAUACGAGGACUUGAAAAUCAACAUGGUUUAGCAGAUCGAUUAACUAUUUCACUACCUCUAAAUCAUAUGAGGACAUCGGUAUGCUUGUUUGUUAUCUUGUGGUAUACUGUUUUGCAGAGUGAACCUGCUGAAAUCCAAAGCUAUUGUGCUACAUUUCCGUUGUUGCUAGACGAUGUUAGCUAUUGAUGAUUUGCAACUCCAUAUAUUGAUAUUUGAGAAUUAAAAUGGUAAUUUGCAAAGUUAUUUUCUUAA